UCUGAUCUGACCGGCUGGCCUGCGCUACCAUCUUCAGCCAGGCAUACUGCGUCAUCAACUCCACUGCCACGUAGGACACAGCAGCGGACAGCUGAGAAGAGGAGAACUACCAAUAAACCUCCCCAGCAAGCAAGUGUCCAACUAAAGAACAGGUUUGCCCCACUGUUGAUGGACAAUGGAUCCCCCUCUGAUUGCCUGAAUAACCCACCAUCACCACGCAGAAGGGAUAUGGUAUCUGACAUGGAAAAAAGAAUCCUGGAAAUUGUCGCUGCACACCCAAAUGUGAAAAAUAUCAUCCUGCACAUUGGUUUUAAUGACAUUGUAAAACAACAAUCAAGAGAGCUGAAAGAGCACUUCAAUAAACUCUUUGAAACAGUCAGCGCUGUGAAUGCUGACGUUUUUAUCAGUGGUCCUCUACCCCCAAUCAGGAGAGGAGCUGAGAGAUUCAGUAGACUUUACUCGCUGAAUGAGUGGCUAUCAAGUGCACUUCUUGCUCGUUCAAUGCAUUUUAUUGACAAUUUUAGCUUUUUCUGGGACCGCAGGCAUCUUUUUAAGGCAGACGGACUUUGCCUAAAUAAGAUGGGAGUAAAGCUAUUCAUGAACAACAUGUUUCACUUCCUGCAUCUUGCAUCUAUCAUCACUGCCAAGGACAAGAGACAAGAGGAGCCACCGAGGAAGGAAGACACAACACAGCCUAUCAGGAACGUCGAAGGAGGACCGCCACUGCAAAAGGAGAACGUCGACCAUGAGAUACACCAGAGCAAAGAGGAGAGGUGUAUAUCCUCCUCUACCGCCCCUCCCUCCAUUCUGAAUGCAUGUGAAGAUCCCUCCCCCACAUCCCCCAAGCCAUCCACGUCUCCAUCUUUCUCCCUCCCUCAAGUAGACCUUUCUCCCCCCUUCUCCCCCUUGGAGUUCCGGGAGCUACCCCCACUCACGCCCCACCCUACUCAGAUUUUUACCCCCCUAGAUCAUCGCUCACCUCCACCACCCCCUCCACGAAGGCGUGCUCCACAACCCCCCAGCCAUACUUCACCUUUCUCACGCCAACCCCUUACACGCCCUCAACGUCCACCUUCAGUAGUUCGUCCCAGCUCUGACGCUGCUCACUCCCCCUCCCCCUUACGGCAAACCCCGCCUCGCCCUGACAGCAGUCCUGAAUAUUUCUGAUACAGAAAAGGGUUCAGCAGUAGACCACAUUAUCAGCUGGGCCCAAGGUUGCCUACAUCAAAUCAUGGCACCUUCUACAUCCCUGUUGUGACUACCAAGAGAGUAAACAUUGGGAAACUUAGCCACCCUGCUAACCUAAACAAUCUCAUUCCUAUUAUCUCCAAAUCAAAGCCAACAUCGAAGCCUGUCAAUAACACCAUCAGGAUGGGUCUGCUCAAUGUCAGGUCUCUGAAUAGCAAAUCAUUUUUAGUCAAUGAUUUUAUUAGCACUUCUAAACUUGACUUUAUGUUUUUAACUGAAACAUGGCUGGAACAAAAUAACAGUGCAAGCAUUCUGAUCGAGACAGCACCCCCCAACUAUAACUUCAUUGAUAUAUGUAGAUCGGGGAAAAGAGGUGGAGGGGUUGCUGCUAUAUUUAAAAACAUGUUUCAGGGGAAACAGAUGUCACUCGGUGAGUUUACAUCAUUUGAAUACCUGUGUGCUGUGUUGAAAUGCUCUCCCAAAAUUCUCUUGUUAAUUAUCUACAGGCCA